GACAUAUGCACUUUCUCAGGCAAAAACGUAUAGUACAUGUAUGUCUAACCUGUUGAUUGAGUUACAGCACAAACAUUGAUAAAUACAGCCACACCGCAUGUAUAUGCAAUUGAACAUGAAGUCAUGAAUGGCCAUGAAUGCUGAUUUUCAGAGGUGAAAUCAAUUGAAAGUUGUAAAAGAGAGUAUGAAAGGGGGAGGAAUCAGCUUUACUUAUGGCUCCCACCCUUCCCCCUAUUGAGGGUCUCGAUCUCCUGUGGCUCUGAUGGAGGUGGGGGUGGGCCCUUAUGUAAAGAGCAGAUAGAGCCGGAAAGUGGUGUCACCCCCGAGAAUAAAAGUACGCAGCACACAUGUCGAGCUUUCCAGACUUUCUAGUAGUAUUUUCGGCACAGGUUACAUCGCGUUGCUUAAAUGUACCGUAGAGCUCCCCGAGUGUGACUCAAGGCAAGUAUUUAUUGCCUGGUAGCUUUUAUUCUCCUAACUUCAACCGGAAAUGCUUUGGCAUGCCUGCUGGCUUCUCGUUAUUAAUGCAGGCUUGUGUGUCAUGACUUCAGCCCCGAGUUCCGUCUUUAAACUUCAUAAUGCGGCGUUACAUUCGUGCACUAUUAAUGUGCACGGUGUUUGCCGUGUUUUCUGGGUUGUAUGUAUAUAGUAAGCUGUUUGAAACGGACUUGUCGGAGGAAAACGGUGCAAAGAGGAUUUACGUUCCCCCGAGAGUUCCAGGAACCAGACGGGGGGACAAAGCUGAGCGACAAAGCUCACACCGGCACAACAGGUACAUCAUGCGUCAGCGGGGGCAGCUGGAAGCAGUCACCAAGAGCAUACCGCAUCCCCUCAUACACUUGGCCGUGGUGGCCUGCGGCGAGCGCCUGGAAGAGACUCUAAAUAUGCUAAAGUCGGCCGUGCUUUUUAGCGUUAAGCACCUACAGUUGCACAUUUUUGCUGAGGAUCAACUGCAUGUGGACUUCGUGGAAGUUCUGGAAUCCUGGCCAGCUUUUAUCCGCUCCAGGUUUAACUAUACAGUCUACCCCAUCAGCUUCCCCAGUGAGAAUGCAGCUGAAUGGAAAAAACUCUUCAAACCUUGUGCUUCACAAAGACUCUUUCUACCUCUCAUCCUAAAGGAUGUUGACUCUCUUGUCUAUGUGGACUCGGACAUCCUCUUCCUGCAGCCGGUGGACCGCUUGUGGGCCUAUCUGUCCCACUUCAAUGCAUUGCAGUUGGCCGCCGUGGCCCCAGAGCAUGAGGAGCCUCGCAUUGCUUGGUACAACCGCUUCGCCCGGCACCCCUAUUACGGGAAAACCGGCAUAAACUCGGGGGUGAUGCUGAUGAACCUCACAAGGAUGAGGAAUGUGUUUUUUAAGAAUGAUAUGACAUCCGUGGGUCUCCGAUGGGAGGAGCUGCUGAUGCCGCUACUUCAAAAAUACAAGCUAAACAUAACAUGGGGAGACCAGGAUCUGCUUAACAUCAUUUUCCACUAUAAUCCAGAGUUCCUGCUGGAGUUUCCAUGCCAGUGGAAUUACAGACCAGACCACUGCAUCUACGGCAGCAACUGCGCAUCCGCUGAGAGCGACGGCAUCUAUAUACUGCACGGAAACAGAGGCGUAUAUCACGACCACAAGCAACCAUCCUUCAGAUCGGUCUAUGAUGCCAUACGAAAGUACUCGUUUGGCGCAGACCCUGUGGCGUCUCUGCUGGCUCCCCUGGAGAAGCAACUUUUGAAGACGACUCACACCUACUGCGGGAAAUCCCACACGCUUUUCACCAAGGCGUUGGUGCACAGCCUGGCUAACGUCAACAGGAAGAGCCCACUCGUACGGUGACACAGCCUGGAAAGGAGGCUUAAACAAAAAAGACAUGGUGCUACGUUAAUUAUGGCCCGCCAUUUAUACUGGCUGUGCCGCGUGUUAAUAUUUUAUCCGUUUGUUUGUUUUUUUAACUUGUUCUCUCCAACUGAUAUUGCCAACUUUUUUAUUGCGUAAACUUUUGUCGCAAUUCAAAAAGAGAACUUUCACUUUCCAUAUUGGAGACAUAAAUACUGUACAGGGGAAAGUAGUGAAUGAUGCAUUUAAGUGCAUCUUUGAAUGCGUUUUAAUGAACAUACAGUCGUCCCUCGCAAUAUCGCGGUUCGAUUAUUGCUCCCUAGCUAGUGUUUUUUUCAGAAAUGAAUUCAUUCAUAAAAUGAUGGUUGUUUGGUGGUAUAGACUAUGGCCUGUUAUAAGUCAAAACAAGUUGAAAUACAAGUGAUGUGUAGAAUUCUGGUCACUCGGUGGCAGUAAUGACAAAACAUUGAGGCAUUACCUUGCAUGACAUUACCUUACCUUAACACUGCAUGAAGUCAGCCACGGUGUGUACGAUAUGAUAGAGUGGGGAAAAAAAUCCUCCUCCCAUCCCGUGUGGAAGUGGUAAGAUUUUGGCCUCUUAAAAAGGAAUCUGCACUUUUUUUUGAGUGUUGCCCAUCAUUCACAUUCCUUAUGCGAGACAUGAACGCACGUUUGUGCAGAAACAGUGCAGCUUUCCUUUAACUUUACAAGAAAUAAAUUUGAGGCUAACUGGUUAGCUCGCUGGCUAGCGGCCGUCUGGAGUCCCUGCAGCAUAAGAGUUGCAAUGUGGUGUAAACAAUGAAUAAUAGGCGCGUAAAAGGUGACUAUAGGGGUGUUAUUUCAUGUCUACAGGGCUCUAAUUUUAAAGUGUAUUUAGAAAGCCAUAAAACAGGUUUUCUAUGCUCAAACUACAAAAAUAUUCCAUUCAUUAACAUUGAAUCUGGAGGCAAUUAACCGCUGUAAACGAGGGACGACUGUACAGUGUUCCCUCACUCCAUCGUGGUUCACCUUUCGCGGAUUCACUGUUUCGCAUAAUUUUUUUUUUAGUGCUUUUAAUUUUAUUUUUUUAUUACAGCGUAUGCAACCGUUACAUGCCGAGCCUGGUCCUUUAAGAAGAAUUGCAUUGUGGGAAGUUGAGUCUCUCUAUUCCCUCUAAUCUGUCUGCACUGCCCAUUGUUCUGUGUUCUGAUUAAUGCCAUGUCUCCUGUGUCAUUGCUAGCUUGCCUGCUAGCUUGUAAAUUAACCUUCGGGUCGACUGCAGCAAUAUGUUUUAAGAAGGAUACAAAAACGCUACAGUACAGCAGAACGGCACCAGUACGAAAAGGCACGGUCACAGGAGUGAAAUAUGCCCAGGUGACUUAAUUUCUUGUGUUGAUCAUUAAAAUUCAAACGAAGGUGGCUGGAUUUCACUUAUUGUGGGCUAUUUUGGGAACCUAUCCCCCGCGAUAAAUGAGGGAACACUGUAUUCCACAAUGAUCGUACUGUGCUGAAAAAAACCCUCUUUAAGCCAAAGUGCGUUUAUUACAGCAUCACUGAAUGUAUUUUGGACACGAUAUGUUGAAAACAAGAGUUUGUAAUGAACUAAUGCAUUGAAACACUGAUUGUAAUGUUGUAAUAUUGUAUAAGAACGACAAAAAAACGAAGUGUUUUGUAUGUUUGAGAGCAGUGUGUUUGUCAGCCACUAGAGGUCGCCGUUUCGCAUUACUAUUGCAAAGCGAGCCAAACAACAAAGAGACAAAAUGUAGCGGAAACAAAUAUUUUAAUACUUUUACUUAAUUUACGUAAUUUUCCUGGCAUCUCAUAUUUUUUAAGCUUUCCAGCAACAAAGAAAACACUUUUCAGUUGAUUGUGUAAGGACUUAAUGGAGAUUGAUGCCACUGGCCUAUCUCCUCAGUCUGAUCAAUGCGCUUGCCAAUACUCUCAAGCCAGACCACCUGCUUUCACUGUAACCGAGGUGCUCAUAAAAGUGUAAGUGAUGACCCAAUAAGCAAGGCCUAUAGGUGCAAGCUGCAAUGUUCUUGCCCAAUCGGCAGCAUCUGAUUAUGGCUCCUUGGGUAUUUUGAUAAAACACAUGAGAAUGUGAUGCCAUUCAUCACUAUAGAUCCAUAUGAGAGCUUAUCAGUUUACUUUUAUUGAUUUAGAUCCAACAUGCAGCUGGGGAGACGUAAACUGAGUGUCACGUUGUUGCUUUUUGUCAAGCUGUAGAGCACAGUAAAACAGCUAAUUAGGAUUUUUUUUUUUUUUUUUUUUUUUUUUUAGCAUUUUGAGUAGCCAGUGUGGAAACCGAGUGGAAGAAAACUGAGGUACUUUUUUUUUUUUUUUUUUAUACAUUGUGACAGCAGAAAAGAGCAGAGUGAAGUACAAGUGAAAUGAUGUGAAAGUGAAAGGAUUGUGUGUUUGUGAUGGCAGAAUAGACAAGGUCUGUCACAGCCAAUACUGCAAUUAUCUUGUUUGCUUUUGUGUACUUUCUUUUGGAUGAAGCACUCAGUGAAACAUUUGGACCACAAAAAUGGUUUCUAGCAGUAUUGUGUAUUGCAUUUUGUUGUUUGCGCAGGUGUUUUUUGUUCUUCUUCCACAGUGAAUACUGUUUAUGUGCACUAGGCUUUCAAACAGCCUGCACAAUUAAAAACAGAAAACAUUGGAACCAGACUGUAUAAACAGCAGAUACUGCCGCUCCAGCACAGUGUAUAACGAUAUUUGCACAUGUGCAGGUACAGCACCCAGCAGGGGGGCAUUUACAUGUUGUAAUAGAGUCUACAUAUCACGGCUGUGGAUGUCCUGUUCUGCAGGCACCUUAUUUAAAUGUGUGGUAUACGUUUGAUGUCGGCCGAGAUGGAAUGUGACAUCUUUGCUCCCUGUGACAUACUGCGGCUUGAAGAAGACGCCGCGUUGGGCAUUCCAGCAGAUUGCUUUAUUUACCUCACAGCCUGGGAGCUGCAAAUGUCACAGAGCCAAAAUGGAGCUUUUUGGAGCACUUUUUUCCUGCUAGAUUCUUCUGCCUGCACCAUGGAAGCUGUCAGUAUUUCUACUAAAUUUGGACAUCAAUGUUAUAUUUACAGUCAGCUUGUCCUUUAAGCGCGCACACACACACACACACACACACACACACACACACACACACACACACAUUCCCCUGCUAGUGUUUCAAUUAGGUAAUUACAGUGGUAGAGAAUAGAGCCUGGAUGGACACUGGUGCUCUAUUGUACAAGCACCUGUCCCCCUGCAGAUAGCAAUUACCUGCCUGGCUGGAGGGGCGUUACAGGCAAUUGUCUCAUACUGUGUGUGUGUGUGUGUGUGUGUGUGUGUGUGUGUGCACAUUUCACUGCAUUGUGUGAAGCUGUGCACUUAAUUAAGCAGGUAUAGUGGCAACAAUGGAUGUAUUUGUUUCAUGCUAUGUUACCAAUACAUUAUUCAGCCAUAGCAUUAGGUCCUUCUGCUUUAUUUCAAAAGGGAUCCAAUACAAUAAAAGUACAAAUGUAUGGCUGGAUGUAACAGAAGCCAGCCAGUGUGGCUGUGUAAAUGUAUAUUGGAUUAAAAACCUCAAUCCUUUGGCCUGAAGGGCCGUGCUGAAUGCUGGGUUGACAGUAUGGGCUUUUGGCCCAGCAGUCAGCGCUCUUGACUCGUAUUCCAAAGGUAUCGUGUUCAGGUCCAGCGCGGGGCUGGCUGAAACAGGCGGGUUUACAUGCACAGUGGUGUGAAAAAAAGUGUUAGUCCUCUUCCAGAUUUGUUAUUGUUUUGCAUGUUUGUCACACUUAAAUGUUUCAGAUCAUCAAAUUUAAAUAUUAGUCAAGAACACCACAACUGAACCAAAAAUGCCGUUUUUAUGAAACUUAUUAAAAAGGAGAAAAAAAGUGAUUGCCCCCUCUAUUGCCCGUCCCCAGAAAGAAAGUAACUGAGAUCUAUCAGUUUGGAAAGGUUAUAAGGCCAUUUCUAAAGCUCUAGGUCUCCAGCAAACCACAGUGAGAGCCAUUAUCCACAAAUGAAGAAAACAUGGAACAGCAGUGAAUCUUUUUAGGAAUGGCCUGCCAACCAAAAUAACCCCAAGAGCGCAGUGACGACUCAUCCGAGAGGUCACAUAAGACCCCACAACAACAUCCAAAGAACUGCAGGCCUCACUUGCCUCAGUUAAGGUCAGUGUUCAUGACUCCACCAGAAGAAAGACACUGGGAAAAAAUGGCCUGCAUGGCGGAGUUCCAAAACCAAAACCACUGGUGAACAAAAAAGAACAUUAAGGCUUGUCUCAAUUUUGCCAGAAAACAUCUUGAUGAUCCCCAGGACCUUUGGGAAAAUACUCUGUGGUGUCACGAGACAACAGUUGAACUUUUUGGAAGUUGUGUGUGUCAUUGACUAAUAUUUACAUUUCUUUGACGAUCUGAAAACAUUUAAGUGUGACAAGCAGGCAAAAAAAUCAAAAAAGAAAUCAAGAAGGAGAAAACACUUUUCCACAGCACUGUAGAUGACUACAACGUAUCCUGCUGGGCAUCUGCUGGUUUUUCUAUGCGUUCCAAUUAAGAGUGCAUGAUAAUCACCAGGCCAAUAUGAGGGAAUUAUGACAUCAUACCCAUAAAUCUGAUAACAUUAUUUCAACUCCAUGCUACUAAAAUAACUACGGUAUUUUUUCCCUCAUGUUUUCUACUUUUUUCUUCAUUAGAAUACGACUUUUUAUUUUGACAUUAUCGUAACA